UGCACCGGGCGGGGCUUGCCCCGGGUCCCGCUGCGGGGCCUUUCCUUCCAGCUCCGGCCCGGAGCCCCGGGUAGGGGCAGGGCCUACCCGCUGCCUGCCCCCGGGGCGGGGCUUCGGCACCCCGCCCCUCACCGGCUCCCACAUCCCGCGACUCGCACCUGAGCGGUGGCCUUGUCCCAGUGGUCUUUCCGUGUCCUCCCCCCUUCACCCUCCCAGCUCCCGCCGGUUCUCGCGGGCGCAUUAUGCCGUCCAACAAAUCCGUCUCGGACGCACCCAUCGUCCAGUUCACCAACUGCCGCAUCCUGCGGAGUCAUCAGCUCCAGAGGGAAGACCUGUGGGUGCGAGAGGGUAAGAUCCUCAACCCGGAAAAACUCUUCUUUGAGGAGAAGGGCUCUGCUGACAUCCAGCUGGACUGUAAGGACUGCAUCAUCGCCCCAGGCUUCAUCGAUGUCCAGAUCAAUGGAGGCUUUGGGGUAGACUUCUCCCUGGCUACAGAUGACUUCAAAUCAGGGAUUGACAUGGUCAGUCAGAAAAUCCUCUCCCAUGGCGUGACUUCCUUCUGUCCCACCCUGGUGACCUCUCCUCCCGCUGUGUACCACCAGGUUCUCCCUCAGAUCAGUAUAAGAAAUGGUGGAGCCCAUGGAGCAGGUAUCUUGGGGGCCCAUCUGGAAGGACCAUUCAUCAGCAAGGAGAAGAAAGGGGCACACCCAGAGAACUGCCUCCGCACCUUCGAGGCAGGUGCUUUCCAGGACCUGCUGGCCACCUACGGGUCCCUGGACUGUGUCCGGAUUGUCACCCUCGCCCCAGAGAUGAAGAGGAGCAGUGAGGUGAUCCAGGAACUCACCAAGAGGGGCAUCUGUGUCUCGCUGGGUCACUCAGUGGCUAAUCUCUCCCAGGCCGAGGAUGCUGUGCAGCAUGGCGCUACCUUCAUCACUCACCUCUUCAAUGCCAUGUUGCCGUUCCACCAUCGUGACCCUGGGAUCGUGGGGCUGCUGACAAGUGACAAGAUUCCAGCUGGGCGGAGGGUCUUCUAUGGCAUGAUCUCUGAUGGCAUCCACACCAACCCUGCCGCCCUGCGAAUUGCCCACCGAGCCCACCCCAAAGGCCUGGUGCUGGUGACAGAUGCAAUUGCUGGCAUGGGGCUGGCAUCAGGUCGGCACACACUGGGGCAGCAGGUGGUGGAGAUUGAUGGACUGAACACCUACAUUGCAGGCACAAAGACCCUGAGCGGCAGCGUGGCGACCAUGGACGCAUGUGUGCGGCACUUCCAAGAAGCCACAGGGUGCUCAGUAGAGAUCGCGUUGGAAGCAGCGUCUCUGCAUCCUGCCCAGCUGCUGGGGAUUGAACACAAAAAAGGGACACUAAAUUAUGACUCCGAUGCAGAUUUCCUGAUGCUGAAUGAUGAUCUGUAUGUGCAAGCCACGUACAUCGCAGGCGAGGAAGUCUGGAAACAGGAUGCAAAGGGCAUGUGACGCUGGGCUGUCCCAGUGCCCUCCAGGCUCCCUGGCACUGUGGUAGCAGCUCGGGCAACCACCCCACUUCUCUCUUUUCUUCUUUUGUUUUUUUAAUUCCUUCCUGCAAUUCCCUUAAAGGAGCCUCAUACCAAAGAGCUGCAUUUUCCAGCGCAGCCACUGCUUCCAGUUACAGGCAUGCCUGCACCAGAUGUGUUGGUGCUUGGUUGGUGGUGUGGGGAGAGCAGGCAGAUCUGUGCUGGGGUUCUGCCAGGCCCUGGAGUGACCUGAAGGCCUGCACAGCUGUCCUGCAUGGUGUCCCCAGACAGAGGUGCUCCUGUCACUAUCUCACAGCAGUGUGAAGCUGUCCCAGCCUUUGCACUGUUCUAUAGAGCACACACUAACCUGCCCUGUGCCUGAGGCAGGCUCAAGCCAUUUCCAUUCCCCUGCCUGCUCUUUGCCUUGCUUCUGGGCAGCCAUGGCUGGUUAGACAUCAGCUUCCACCAGCUCAGCUCUCAGCUCUUCACAUUAAAAGGUUCCUGUUGUGUCAA